AUGCAGCAUGUCCUCGAGCCGGGUCGCGGGAGCGCAUGGGUUGAGUCGCCAUAUCUGCGGUCGCUUAUAGCAGGUGGCUUGGCCGGCACGACCGUAGAUCUUUCCCUCUAUCCCCUCGACACACUCAAGACAAGACUGCAGUCAAGCACAGGUUUUGCCGCAUCUGGAGGCUUCAAUGGUAUAUAUCGCGGCGUAGGAAGUGCGAUUGUUGGAUCAGCCCCAGGAGCCGCGCUCUUCUUCGUCACCUAUGACUCGAUAAAACGAUCAUUCGCGGUGCCACAGACCUCAAUACAAUACAAUGCCGAAGGCAAGCCAUACAAGGACGAAGUCGUAGACCCUGGGAAUCAGGCUCUGGUUCACAUGCUAGCGGCGAGUGUGGGUGAAGUAGCCGCAUGUGCGGUGCGAGUACCUACAGAAGUCGUAAAGCAGCGUGCACAAGCAAGUCAGCAUCCUUCGUCUCUGGCAGCGUUGACGCACAUUUUGAAUCAGCGGCAGACUCGCGGGCUGGUACACGUAUGGAAGGAGCUCUACCGUGGCUGGUCGAUCACCAUUAUCCGUGAAGUGCCAUUCACAAUCAUUCAGUUUCCCCUAUGGGAAGCCAUGAAACGGUACCGCUGCAGUCAAACAGGACGAUCACAGGUUACUGGGUUGGAAGGAGGGCUGCUCGGCUCCGUAGCUGGCGCCGUGGCAGCAGGCCUCACGACACCGCUCGACGUACUCAAGACGAGGAUGAUGCUUGCGAAGGAGAAGCAACCAAUGUUCACGAUGCUUUCAACAAUACUGAAAGAUUCUGGUCCAAGGGCUUUCUUUGCAGGUAUAGGACCAAGAAUUGGCUGGAUCAGUGUCGGCGGCGCAAUAUUCUUGGGAAGUUAUCAGUGGGCAAGCAACGCACUUGGAGGCGACGAGGAAUCUUGA